ACCAAACUAGCCACUCAGUAUCGAGCGGCACAUAUAAACCUUAACUGCGUCAUCCUAACGGCUAUCCGGCAAGCUUGUGAGGUAGGAUCAACUUAUGAGCCUUCAAAGAGCCGGCAGGUGGCUGCGGAGCAGGCUCUUCGUGCUUGUUUGGAGGCUGGACAGCAGGCGAUCAACAGUAUGGGGCAGGCUGCCUUUUCAUAUUGUGGACCAGAUAAUAAUAUUGUACUGGAGGCUUUGGGGGCACUUGCAACAGUGCCCUCAUCAAAGUUGCCACUGUCGUCAUCUUCUGGGCCUGGUCCGGUUCAGGAGGGGCAGGAAGACAGACUACCAGAGGAGGGUAGGUUUUUUUUGAUUAUAAUGAUGGUUAACUAG